AUGCCAGAGUUAGAUGGCCAGACACCAAAGCGCCGAGGUCCCAAACCUGAUAGCAAACCGGCCCUCACCCGUAGACAAGAGCUGAAUCGACAGGCUCAGAGAACCCAUCGAGAACGAAAAGAACAAUACAUGCGAGCGCUGGAGACCGAGGUGUCGCGACUACGAGAGGCCUAUACGAACGAAAUAUCCGAUGCGAACGUCACGAUCCGGCAACAGAAGGAGGUGAUCAAUAUUGCACAACAUGAAAACGAAAUCCUCAAGGAGAUGUUGCUCGCCAACGGAAUCCAAUUCGAGCCCGAGCUCGAGCGACGCCGGGCGGAGCGGGCAUCGGCCGGUGGGUACCAGGUCAGCCCGAUCGCAGGAAGCAGUAUUGGAUCGCAGACCGCCGCCUUCACUAACUCAUUGACCCAACACAACACCACACCGGGAACAUCAAUCUCAACGGGCUUGAGCCCGCGCGCUAAUGGCGGCGUGGAUCAUCCUGAUGUGUCGCCUCCGAUGGCGUUUACACCUCAACAGCAAGUAUACCACGCCGCCCCGGCAGAACAGAUGGGUGCUUUGGAUCGAUCCGCAUCAUGCGGCCAUAUGAUUGAUACCACGGUGCCUGCGACGCCGAUGCUGAAGGGUGUCUUUGAAAGCGAUCCCCAGCUUCAGAUUGAUUUUAUUUUGACGUAUGUUUUCCUCUCCAUCUCUCUCCAAGCAGCCGGAACGCCGCUAAUCAAACCCGUCAAUAGAUUGGAAGGACCGUGCCGUGAGCACACUGACUAUCUUUGCCGACGAUCAGUCACCGAGGCCGACGACGAAGAUAUGCCCUUCUCGGGUCACGCAUUGAUGGCCACUUGUCCACCACCGAGCUACAUCGCCAAUACUACUCCCGACCAGACGUAUCCGCACAAGGCACCGGAUCUUCCACACCCUAACCUAUCCACCCUCCUCAACCUCAGCCGACAGCUCGUGACCGAUGGUCAAAUUACACCGAUUAUGGCACUAUCAUGCCUCAAGAACCACGAGCUCUAUCCCUCCUUAAGUCGCGAUGAUGUGAAAAUUAUUGUCGACACCUUGAAUACCAAAGUGCGCUGCUACGGCUUUGGUGCAGUCGUCGAAGACUUUGAACUUAUAGACUGCCUUAGCAGCGUGCUGGGAACCAAGGUCGAGCUUGGCGGUGUUUCCCGUGUUCGCGGCGACUCUAUCUACGGAUGA